AAUGCUUGAGAUGCUAUUUCUCCCUGAAUCGACUCUAAUGCAGCCAAUAGGGGCAGCUAUUCAGGGGAGUAAUGAGACAAUAUCUUUUUAUGAAGAUGCAUGGAAAAGCAAAUGGAUUCUUUGAUUCUCAUUCGAUCUCAUCGACUGUCAUCACCAGCCUUUCUUUUUACCCACCAGAGUCUUGGCCCCGUUACAGCACAGCAGACGUCCUUUCUUUUCAGAGCGGAGAUUCAACGAACUGGAGGCAACAAAACCGUAUUCCUGCGAAUGAAGAGACAACAAGCGAAGAUAGGACUUGCGCAACUGGUGGUUGUCGCCAUCACAGCCAGCUCCUUGUAUACCGCUAACUGGAGUUUGGUUAAUGCAGGGCCUAAUAACAAUGCUGCGCAAGUAACUUGGGCGGCACCCAACCUUUGCAAAAAUGCCCAAACGGUUGAUCUUCUGUCGGGAUCGCUUGAGUAUUCUUUUUCGGCUUCUGGCGUCAGGCCGCUGCGGGAUCAAGGUUUACGAUGCUCCGAGGCAUCUGGCCGAGGAAAGGUCCGCCUAGAGGACCUCGAGUCUGCAUUCGACACACCCACCUUCCAAAGUCACUCCGAGGCCACAUCAAGCAGAAAAUCUCAAGAUGGAAAGCCAUACGACUGCACGGUUUCCGUCGAUGCUGCAGUGGAUGCAUCGUUCGCCCUGCUGGGGGAGAUAAAUGAUGUCCUUGCAACGUAUCCGGACCAGUCUCCCGUGCUUGAACCUCUAACUAAGAUUCUCAUUAUGCCAUCCCGAGCUGACGACCACCAAUCGAUGGUGACGGCGAUGCGCACACUUGAGACGGGUUUGAUCGGCUUCCACCACAUCUCUCAGUACUUGCCUGAGCGAACAGUCCAAACCUAUCUUCUCAAUGUGAUUGCAAAGGCAGAGAUAUUGCGCCGACACGCCGGUGACCUGGUUAGAUGCGAGAAUGAAUCCUCCUUUUUCGACUUAAAGGCCUCCAAGCCGCGGCCAAGCUGCAAGGCUGUGCAGACGCUGUACGAUGUCUACUUUGGUCAAAUCAAGUUCAAGAUCGAGGCUCGUAUCGCGGCUGCUGGCGAUUCCGAAUCCAUGACUACGAACAAACCUUUGUUGCAGACAACGCUGUCGUCGUUACAGUUCCAGAUCGCAGGCGCUUAUCUGACUCAUCAAGGUACUCAAGAAUUGACAGAGCAGCUAGAGCACUUGGACUCGUCCGAGGACAUAGCAUCUUUGGCGAACAUGAUGAGAUUGGCGAUCGGAGCAGGGGAUGUGCUUCAAGCAUGCCAAGAGAAUGUACAAAAGAGCGCUGUGCGGAUGGCGGUGCGUAAAGAGUCCGUAUCGGACUUUGAGCAACUGAUUUACAGUCAUCUAGCAUUGACCACGAGGGGAAAGGACCCUUCCAUCCGGAUCGGGAUGGGGCAGGAUUCGACGAACACUCUAGCUGCCAUGUACGCAGGUUGUCAGCCGCUCUUGGAAGAUGCCAUCAGAUCUACUAGAGCCGCGGAAGAGAAUCUUAGGACAUGGUGGGAUCAACCAACAACGGGCGCUAAAAUAGUCCAGAUGACUCUAUUGCAAUAUGUUGAAAGGAUUCAGGAUCAUUUGAAAAAACCAUUCGAGGACAGGGCCGAUGUCGAACUGCGUCAGCUGGAGAUGGUAGUAGCUAUCCUGGUCAAGAUGAUCAAGGACGUGCUUUCCUCGAGUGCCUACAGCGUGAUGAAGACAUCGCUUGGCCCACUACAGCAGCUGGAGUUCAAGGUGCACAGGUUGUACAGCUGCGUGUUGAGCGGCUUCCCUUCAACAUCUUCGUUUGCGUCGCGCGAUCCUGAAGGGUCCAAGGGCUUUAUUGAUUCUGAUGCCCUGACUGCCAGAAGCAGGUCUAGUCUACAAUGCGACCUUUUGGCGGGGGCUUAUCGGGGCUCGUUGGCUUAUGUCCUCAAGAAAAUUGGAUUCGUUUCUAGAAAGAAGCAUGCUGAUAAGGUCGUCCUUGCACGCUUGCAGUCAAGUAUUCAAGGCUUGGCAGAGGCUGCCGCCUUAUGGGACGAGGAUGGGGACGCAGUAGUGAAGAGCAAGGCGGUCGAAUCUCUCCAGAUAUCGCUUCAGGAAAUCUUGCGUAAAUCCCAAUCUACGCGUUUCAGGAUACUGCAGGAGUUGUCCGAGUAUGUACCGUUCAUGUUCGCACAGGCUAACUCACUGCAGGCUUGCUCCAAUGUCUGGCGAGCGACACGAGGCAUGGAGACGGAUAGAUAUGACGGCAAGGACGAUAUGGAUGACAGAGACUUUGACAAGGAACUGAAGGAGGAGGGACCAGCUGCAGCAGUCGGAUGAAUGAAGUUGCGGUGCAUUGGGCAGUCUACAGUAACAGUAGACUAGACUAAAGCAGAUGGAUGUGGAUGAUAUAAGAUAUGAAGAUUCGAUAUGAGCU